GCCUCCGCUGAGGUGUCGUGGCCCGCGGCGGCCGCCGUCGUGUGUCGCUGUUGGCCGGGCGCCGCCGGAGGGGUUCAACGCGAGCGGAGUCACCAUGAGCCGCAGCUACAACGAUGAGCUCCAGUACCUGGACAAGAUCGACAAGAACUGCUGGCGGAUCAAGAAGGGCUUCGUGCCUAACAUGCACGUGGAGGGCGUUUUCUACGUGAACGACCCGCUGGAGAAGCUGAUGUUCGAGGAGCUGCGCAACGCCUGCCGCGGCGGAGGUGCGGGUGGUUUUUUGCCUGCUAUGAAACAGAUUGGGAAUGUGGCUGCAUUGCCUGGAAUUGUUCAUAGAUCCAUAGGCCUGCCAGAUGUCCACUCUGGCUACGGCUUUGCCAUUGGCAACAUGGCAGCCUUUGAUAUGAAUGAUCCUGAAGCAGUGGUGUCACCAGGUGGUGUCGGAUUUGACAUCAACUGCGGUGUCCGCUUACUGCGUACAAAUUUGGAUGAAAGUGAUGUGCAGCCUGUGAAGGAGCAGCUCGCCCAGGCUAUGUUUGACCACAUUCCUGUCGGUGUCGGUUCAAAGGGUGUCAUCCCCAUGAAUGCCAAGGAUUUGGAAGAGGCUCUAGAGAUGGGUGUAGACUGGUCUCUCCGGGAAGGCUAUGCCUGGGCAGAGGACAAGGAACACUGUGAGGAAUAUGGAAGAAUGCUGCAGGCUGAUCCCAACAAAGUCUCUUCGAGAGCAAAGAAGAGGGGCCUGCCUCAGCUGGGGACCCUGGGAGCAGGAAAUCAUUAUGCUGAGAUCCAGGUUGUGGAUGACAUUUACAAUGAAUAUGCUGCCAGGAAGAUGGGCAUCGACCACAAAGGACAGGUUUGCGUCAUGAUCCAUAGCGGCAGCAGAGGUUUGGGCCACCAAGUUGCCACAGAUGCAUUGGUGGCUAUGGAAAAAGCUAUGAAACGGGACAAAAUCAUAGUGAACGAUCGCCAGCUAGCAUGUGCCAGGAUUGCCUCUGUGGAGGGACAGGAUUACUUGAAGGGAAUGGCAGCCGCUGGAAACUAUGCGUGGGUCAACCGUUCUUCCAUGACCUUUCUAACAAGACAGGCUUUUGCCAAAGUCUUUAACACAACCCCAGAUGACCUCGAUAUGCAUGUUAUCUAUGAUGUGUCUCACAACAUUGCCAAAGUGGAGCAACACGUAGUGGAUGGGAAGGAACGGACUCUACUGGUGCACAGAAAAGGAUCAACCAGAGCCUUCCCUCCUCACCAUCCUCUUAUUGCUGUUGAUUAUCAACUGACUGGACAGCCUGUUCUGAUUGGUGGAACUAUGGGCACGUGUAGCUAUGUUCUUACUGGCACAGAGCAAGGCAUGACUGAGACGUUCGGAACUACUUGCCAUGGAGCUGGUCGUGCACUGUCUCGAGCCAAAUCUCGACGUAACUUGGACUUCCAGGAUGUACUGGACAAGCUGGCUGACAUGGGCAUUGCCAUCCGUGUUGCUUCUCCCAAACUGGUCAUGGAAGAAGCACCAGAGUCCUAUAAGAAUGUGACAGAUGUCGUUAAUACCUGCCAUGCAGCUGGCAUCAGCAAGAAAGCGAUUAAGUUGAGACCUAUUGCUGUUAUAAAAGGCUAGGAACUGACAAGGCAGCAGAAACCCACCAACAUCUUCAGGCCUUCUGCAAAACUUCUGCAAAAUCGUCAUCUUCCCAUACCUUUGGACUCUAUAAUCUACUCAGAUAUUACAUCACUGUUAUGGAAACACAGCAGUUGAGGAUACCCCUAUUUUUAACCACUUAUAAUGCCUCCACCUCCUUGUUAUAUUGUGUUCUUUUCUUAUGAAGACGGUAAAGAAAUCAGUCUUAUUUUGUUUUGUAUGCAGUUUCUCCCCCCCAUUUGGCUGAUUGUUUCGAAGGCAGAACUUCUGAGUUAUCAUUAAUUACUGUGCUGCAAGACCACCUCCAUCAGCAAAGGUGACAUAUGAACCAGACCCUCCCAUCUCCACACCUGAGUGCCUGGAGCUCUUUCCAUGUACAGAAGUACCCUGAUAGGCAGGGUAUAGCACCUCUGGGCAGGGAGAGGUCUCUCUGUUUGCAGAUAUCUAUACUGUUGCAUGUUUUCUGGCAGUUGGGUAAAAUAUACACAGCUGGGAGUGGUCUCCCACUUGGGCUGAGAGGGACUAGCUAGGCUUGAGGCGCAGUCUUCUCCUCUCCCCCCACUCUCUACCAUGUACCACAGCACCUGAUGUGCUUGACUGUGCCCAAGCAGGUGUCUGCAGUAUUGUGUAAAUGCUGGUGGAAAUCAGCAUGUUGUUUUGAAAGGUCUUGUUUGCCCAAUAAAAUUGCAACUUCACAGCUUAGAGAUCCGGUCUUUUGAAAAGUCCUAAGUGCGUGACAGUUGGAUUGGAUAGUGUUGUUCAGUGUGUCCAGCGACUGAUUGAAAUGAGUCUGGUUGCAGGGUCAGGCCCAGUAGAAUGAGACUGCUUUCAGUUAAUGAUGUUUCUUUAUUUAAACAAGGCUGGAGUGGGAGCUGUCCAUCCCCGCUAGAUCAUAUUGGAUAUUAUAAAUAAAAUGGGAAGAUGGACACUGCACUGUGUCUGUGUCAUGUUUAUUCUGUGGCUGUUGUCCACUUCUAAGUGUAUAUAUCAGCAUGGAACCCAGGACAUCUUGUCACUUCAGCUGAUGGACCUUGCAAAGAAAUGUGCAGGUGGCAGACUUUUUUUGCAGGAUGCAAAGGAGGAAGCCUGUAAGCCUGUAUGCAGACACAAGAGGGCAGCAGGAGGAGCAUAAAACUAAAAGCAAGAAGGGAGCUAUCCCUGCCAGAAAUUCGUGUAAAAGAAGCAAAUAGUGAUGAGUGAACUUGACUGCCUUUUGAGGAAGCAUCCCUUAAGGUUUAGGUUGGUCUCAGGAGGCGUAACAGCAUUUUGUUGCCUUGAUCAUUAUGUUUAGCAGUGUCUUAAGCUUCAGUAUGACAUUAGCUGCAGGUUCAGAGGCAGCACAUACCUUGAUUCCUUUAAUUCCAUCAUCAUUUUAAAGACGGUGUCUUGUUUCCAGCUUUCUGAAGUGGAAUUGCUCCAGAUUGACAUCUCUGAGGUUUGAAAUGGGCUCACUGAGGUUUCAAACAAAAACCAUUUCACUUAGCAAUGUGAAAUAGGCUUGUGGAGACACUGACUGAAAGACAAGAUGUUGGUUGCAGCCUUCUGCAGAAGUACAUGUUCUCUUGUGCAGUUUGUCUAAGUACUGCAGACUCUUUGAUGUGGAAUGCAGGGGAGAUCUUAAAACGUUUGUACUUAAAAACGAGAAGGCAUUUCUCAAACACUUCUCCUUUCCUACCAUUUCAGAUUUACCUACCUUUGCAGCUGAAACAAAUUUCAGUUUUUUACAAGCACAGAUCCUCUCUGCCAUGCAUGUGCUCUCAUAUCUAUGCCUUAAGCCUCUUCUGAUCAACAACAUCCAUGCAUUAGCCUUCAAGAAAUCAAAAAGUGGGGGCAAUUUUGGUUUCCUGUUGCAAGGCUACUAUUAGUUUUGGUUGUAUAUUGUGCUGUGCAGGGCUGACUGUUGGUUUCCUAACCACCUGAAAAGUAAGUAAAAAUGAAAGAUGUUUCUCAAUUGUCACUUGUAUUUAAACUUGGAUAUUGUUCUGAUUAAAGGCUGUCUUUUUUCUCCA